AUGAAUUUGACAAAGAAACUUAUUUUUUCCUUCCCAAUCACGCAAGUCGCUCGUCCCGUCGUACACGCUUUACCACAAUCAAACCGUCCGAGGUUUACAGCCAAUACUCCAAGACCAACACUCAAUAAAAGUAAUGCUUUUAAGCCAAUAACCCGAUCUCCACCUCCAUUCGAAGCGCCAGCUCCAUCUGUUAAAGCAACUAAGGCCGAUGAGAUCUUUCCACAAAAUAUGCAGCUCCAGCCCACAAAUAACAUUGCUUUAUUAACUAGAGGUAUUUCGUUAUUAUCAAUUACACAACUCAGAGACCUUCUAAGAGAUUAUUCUCUUCCCACUGGAGGAAACAAGCAUGUUCUUGUUAACAGACUUAUCAUUUUCCUCGAAACUAUUGGUCAAAGCCAACAAAAUUUGCUUUCUGCCUUCUCAGCCAAGCUCAAAAAGCUCUUAUCAAUUGAUGCUGAUGAAAGUGCUUCACCAUCCCAUAGUGAAGAAGGCUCUCCGACGCCUCAAAUGCAGCCAGCUCAGACAAUUCCUCCGGAAAUUAGUCAAAGUUUACUCCAAGGAUCGCCAUCAUCAUUAUACGAACUUUCUGAUAAUAACCCCGCAUUUGGACCAGUCCUUAUCAGUGUAAAUAUGAAUAAUUCUCAUUCAUUUACAAUUACCACUGCCGAUAAGACUCUGAUUCCAAUUCUACAAUUUGUUUCAGCCUAUCCAACAGUCGUUAUUAGCAGAAUUGUUAUCCAAAUUGAUGGUACUUUUCUUACAAUGAGAGGUCCGAACUUUUACACAGAAAUGAAGCAAUUUAUGGAUCGUCCUACAUCAUUCCAAGUUGUUUCUGUUGAACCGGAGACAGAAAUCGUUGGAGCAAUCAGAUGGAUGAAACAAGUAUCGAUUCAUAGAAUGAUCCAGAUGAUUUGCAUGAAGGAACCUGCCAGAAAAAUGCCUCUAUCAGGAUCCUCAAUACCAAACGGUAUUUGUCCGUUGACAAGAAAAGUUAUUGUUAGACCUGGAAGAGGUGUGAACUGCAUGCAUGGAGAAUGUUAUGAUAUAUCCGGCUUCCUUUGUAAUGCAAUCAAAAAUAACUCAUGGCAAUGCCCAAUUUGCCGGAAACAAGUCACAUUAGAAGAAAUUAGGAUUGACCCCUUCUAUUUUGCCUUAGCUUCAGGCUCUCCAGUCUGA